UGGUCUUCACAGCGCACACACGGGUAUAACGUAACUCUGUGGCAGUGGUUACGGAUUUUGUACACCCUAACUGGCAACCUGCAUGUUGUUCAGAGGGAGGCGCUAGUCCGCACGCAGUAGUUUCUGGAAGGAACCUCAUGCUUGCACCAUGGAGAAAGUUUCAGGAUUGAAAGAUCAGGGCAACAAGGCUUUGAGUGCUGGAAAUAUUGACGAAGCUAUUCGUUGCUACACCGAGGCUUUGGCUCUUGACCCUUCUAACCAUGUCCUGUUCAGUAACCGCUCAGCAGCCUAUGCCAAGAAAGGCAGUUAUGAGAAUGCUCUCCAGGAUGCCUGCCAGACCAUCAAGAUCAAGCCUGACUGGGGCAAGGGAUACUCUCGAAAAGCUGCAGCGCUGGAAUUUUUAGGUCGACUGGAAGAUGCUAAAGCAACUUACCAAGAGGGGAUCCGGCAAGAGCCAAACAAUCAACAGCUCAAAGAGGGUUUACAGAACAUUGAAGCUCGACUAGCUGAGAAUUUAAUGAUGAACCCCUUCGCCUUGCCCAACUUGUAUCAGAAGCUGGAAAGUGAUUCUCGGACCCGUGAGCUCUUGGCAGAUCCCAGCUACAGAGAAUUGCUGGAGCAGCUUAGAAAAAAACCAUCAGAGCUUGGCACGAAAUUGCAGGAUCCCAGAGUGAUGACCACACUAUCUGUGCUGCUGGGACUGAACCUCUCUGAGAUGGAGGAAGAAGAGGAGGUCACUCCUUCUCCUCCCCCCAAGCCCAAAGAGACUCAGCCACCACCUCCCAAAGAGGAAGACCUUCCGGAAAACAAGAUAAUGGCCUUGAAGGAAAAAGAACUUGGGAAUGCCGCAUAUAAAAAUAAGGACUUUGAAGCAGCACUGAAACACUAUGAACAAGCAAUAAAACAUGACCCCACCAACAUGACUUACAUUUCCAAUCAAGCAGCUGUGUAUUUUGAAAAAGGAGAAUAUGAAAAGUGCAGAGAGCUGUGCGAGAAGGCAAUUGAAGUUGGGAGAGAGAAUCGUGAAGACUACAGACAAAUUGCAAAAGCCUUGGCUAGGAUUGGCAACUCAUACUUCAAGCAGGAACAAUACAAAGAAGCAAUUCAGUAUUUCAACAAGAGUUUGACGGAGCACCGUACUCCUGACGUCUUGAAGAAGUGCCAGCAGGCUGAAAAGAUACUGAAGGAGCAAGAGAAACUAGCCUACAUUAACCCAGAAUUAGCCCUGGAAGAGAAGACCAAGGGCAACGAUGCCUUCCAGAAAGGAGACUACCCCUUAGCCAUGAAACAUUACACAGAGGCCAUUAAGAGAAAUCCCGGCGAUGCCAAACUCUUCAGUAACAGAGCUGCCUGCUACACAAAACUGCUGGAGUUCCAACUUGCCCUGAAGGACUGUGAAGAGUGCAUCAAACUUGAGCCUACAUUUAUUAAGGGCUACACACGCAAAGGAGCUGCAUUGGAGGCCAUGAAAGAUUAUUCAAAAGCUAUGGAUGCGUAUCAGAAGGCUCUGGAGCUGGACUCUUCCUCAAAGGAAGCCACAGAAGGCUUGCAGCGCUGUAUGGUCAGUCAGGCCAUGAGGAACGACAGCCCUGAAGAAGUAAAGAAAAGGGCCAUGGCUGAUCCUGAGGUGCAGCAGAUCAUGUCUGACCCAGCCAUGCGCAUGAUCCUUGAGCAAAUGCAAAAGGAUCCUCAGGCACUUAGCGACCACUUAAAGAAUCCAGUUAUUGCUCAGAAGAUACAGAAACUCAUUGAUGUCGGACUCAUAGCCAUUCGUUGAUGAGACAAGACAGAUGUGUAAAGAACAUCCCAAGACCACAGUGGAACAACAUGAAAAUUUCACCAAAAUAUUACAUCUUCUCUUCUUGCCUUUAGAGUAUGUUUGUCCUAAGUCUCACUCAGAUAUUGUUUUUUUUCUUUGUUAUUUUCACAACUUUUUACAUUGUAUCUAAGAACGUAACUUGUCUGGAGAAGUUAAGUGCUCCAUAAAUCUUUUUCUGCAAAAAAAGAGCAACAAAAACAUGUGUACAAAUAAUUAAAAACAUCCAAAAAUGCCAUGCAGCAGAAUUAAGUGUUUUAAAGGAUGAGUCCACCUUGGAGCAAGUCACAUAUUCUUUACAUUAUAGUUUUAAAAGGAAAGGAAACCAGUACACAUCACUUAAAAUGAAAAUUGCAAAUCACGUCACAAAUUGUAAUUGUCAACAUUGAUCACGGUUCAUAAUGCAUCUUUAAGGCUUGACUAAAAACACUGCUUUAAAGUUGA